AGACACCACAACGAUGUCCACAUUGGAAGCCACUACCUCACAUCCUACCACUACUACUCAAUCAACUACUACACAAGACACCGUAACGAUGUCCACGAUUGAAGCCACCACCUCACAUCCUACCACUACUACUCAAUCAACUACUACACAAGACACCAUAACGAUGUCCACGUUGGAAGCCACUACCUCACAUCCUACCACUACUACUCAAUCAACUACUACACAAGACACCAUAACGAUGUCUACGAUUGAAGCCACCACCUCACAUCCUACUACUACUACUCGCACCCAGGCGUCAAAAGCUGGGCAGUAA